GACUCUCUUGCGGGACCCGUUCUUCAACAGAACUUGGUCAGAUGUGUUUGUUUUCGCUGGUGGCAACGACGAGGAGAGCUUCUGAUUGCGCGAGAGCGAGAUUUUCCGUGUGAAGUUUUCCACACCGCACCGAACGGGAAAGGGGUUGCACAGGUUCCAUUUUUCGCGUGUGCGGCCAAAGACGAUCCGAGUGUUCCCGUGUGCGGUUGCCAGCGCGUUGUUGGUGUGCAGUGUAAACACAAAAGUGGUGCGGACUGUGCAAUCGGAAAAAAGAGAAUCGUAAUUCCCUUCCGUUUUCCAGCGCUUACUACUACAGUGUAGCAUAGGAAGGAAAAAAGUGAAUUGUGUGUUUGUGUAUGUGUGUGUACACCCUAUGUGUGUUGGUGUUGAAAACGAAAUGUAAUAUUGAAGAGUGUGUACGGCGACUGUGUUUUUUGUUGUUGUACCGAAUCUGAAGAUGGUUUGCACAUUUUAAAUGUGUUUGUGCGUGUCUGUGUGCAUGUCCCGUCGGAAGCAGCUUUAAUCGAUCUCGAACCACCUUCAUCAUCAUCAUAGUAGCAUCACAUCACUACGGUAACCAGCUAAGGAGGUGUUCAUCGACAACAGCCAAAUCGAUCAACUGUGCGAUCGAACGAUGGGCAAGAAACAAUAGGCCCGAGUGAUUUUCCUGCCCGUGUCUGCCGGCCGCUACAACAAACACCACAUUUGCGGAGUAAAAAGAUUCUCUGGUGUCAGAAUUCUCGGAACAGUCUGGACCUAUCCUUUUGGAAAGUAAUCCGAACGCCCUCCGGACUAAUCCUGCUCGCACCCAACCAACCAACAUAACCCCGUUAUUAAUGUGAGCAUCAUCAUGUCGCCGGCGAGAUUAUCACUCCGCGAGGAGGACAUCGUGCGGUUGGCGCUGGAGUUUCUGAACAAUCGCGAACUGCACAUCUCACAGCUUUCGCUCGAGCGCGAAACCGGCGUCAUCAAUGGGCAGUACUCGGACGAUGUGCUGUUCCUGCGGCAGCUCAUCCUCGACGGCCAGUGGGACGAUGUGGUGGAGUUCAUACAGCCGCUCGAGGCGCUGCAAAACUUCGACAUGAAGCAGUUCAAGUACAGCAUUCUGCGUCACAAGUACAUUGAGCUGUUGUGCAUUAAAUCGGAAGCGGGUGGGCUAGCGGCCGGACCGCCACUCAUCAACAAUGUGGAGGGUGCGGUUGAAGAGGUGGUGCAGGUGUUGGGAGAGCUGGAGAAGUUGUGCCCCUCGAAGGAGGAGUACUCGGGGCUCUGUUUGCUGCUGACGCUACCGAAGCUCGGCGAUCACAUGCAGUACCGGGACUGGAAUCCGAGCAAGGCGCGCGUGCAAUGCUUUCGGGAGAUCUUCCCGCUGGUGGAGAAGUUUCUGCCCGGCGACAAGAAGCUCGGAUCGGCGGGUGGCAUGCUGAGUGCGAAGAAUGAUCGAUUGGUGCAGCUGCUGAUCAAGGGUGUGCUGUACGAAUCGUGCGUAAACUACUGUCAGGUGAAGGCGACCGGGGCGGCCGAUGCGGCGAGUCAGAAAAUUAACUUCUCACGAGUGUUGGACGGUUCGAUAGGAUUUACCGAUUCGGAUCUUUCCCUGCUGAGCUGGUUGCAGAGCAUACCGGCCGACACGUUCUCGGUGCCGUUCGAACAGAAAACGCUCAACGUGGACGUGGAGCGGCUCGAGAAGCCCUCGCUCGAAACCUCCUGGACCGAGCACAUGCUCAUCACACCAAUCAAACCGAAAACGUUCCCCCACUCUGUGAUGCCAUUCACGCGGCCCCGAAGUGCCGCCGACAUCAUGACCCGUUCGCUGUUGCCUUCGCUGGAUGCCGUGUCGAGCUGCUUGAACCCGAAAGCACCGAACGAAUCGUUUCCGAUGUCCCGUUCCAGUUUCGCCAGUUUUCACCUGACAGGCAUUAAACCGAGCAGCGGCAAACUGAUGACCUCCAGUGUGGACCGGUUAUUCGAGAACGGGGAUGGUGGCGAAACGUACCGGAGCAGUAACUUUGCGGAGUAUCAGCAGGGACUCCCUUCGAUUGACGAGAUCGCUUCCGUACAGUCGAAAUCGCCCGAUCUGCAGGCAGUGGCCGGUGCGGUGGUCAAAGCUUGCGACAUUCAUCAGAACAGUGCCGAGCGGGACAGUCCCAACACGACCAACUCGACUGCCAAGAGUUCCCGGCGGGACUCACUGUCGGAGAAGAUAGCAACGACGACGUCGCAGCAACCGAUCCCGACGGGAUUGCCCCAUCACAGCCAACCGCAAACGUCGGUACCACCGUCAGCGAUCUCAACGCCGGGCAGUACCGCCGGCCCCAACAGUGCCAACAGUCCGGUUCCACCGUUACCGGCAGGAGUUCCGCUAGCUCCGGCCAGCGUCGCCGGUGGAGUCAUCUACGAUCAGCCUAAACCAGCUGUGAAACCUGUUCACAAUCCUCCGGUGGUGCCCAAUAGCUACGGUACAAUCAACGGAAGCAGUAACAGUGCCAGUGCUAACGGUGGCGGUGAACUGUACGAAAAGUUCAAGCAGCAGAAGCAGAAUAAGGAAAGUGAUUAUAUUAUGAACGGUAAUCCGACGAUCGUUCCGCCGACGCAUAUGAACAACGCGGGAACUACGGCACCUGCAGUACCAUUGAACCACACCAACGGUAAUGGAGCACCGGCGGUAAUGGGUGCGCAUCCCUCGGAAGACGUGAUCGGGAACAAGGAUUAUGAGCAAUCGGACCAAAAUCGACCCCGGUUUGUGGCGGUGACGACGCUGGAAGAUGUACAGGCGGUACGGUGUGCGGAGUUCCAUCCGAACGGGCGCAUUUACGCGGUCGGCUCCAACUCGAAGACGUUCCGUAUCUGCGAAUAUCCGUCACUAUCGGAGAUAAGCAAAAGAUGUGAAACUGUAAGCUGGGAAGACCACAGCACGUACCAGCCGACCGUACUGUUCAAGCGAACGAAGCACCACAAGGGUUCGAUCUACUGUAUGGCGUGGUCACCGGCCGGUGAUCUCAUAGCGACCGGCUCGAACGACAAAACCGUCAAGCUGAUGCGGUUCAACGAGACGCAGAAGCAGCUCGAGGGCCAGGAGAUGGAGCUGACCAUGCACGACGGCACGGUGCGCGACCUAUGCUUCCUCGAGGACAGCUCCAACAAAUCGAGCCUGCUGAUUAGUGGCGGUGCAGGCGACUGCAAGAUCUACGUCACGGACUGCGAAACGUCCACCCCGUUCCAGGCGCUGAGCGGGCACGGUGGACAUGUGCUGUCGCUGUACAACUGGGGCGGCGUUAUGUUUGUUUCCGGUUCGCAGGAUAAAACCGUACGCUUCUGGGAUCUGCGUACGCGCGGAUGCGUCAACAUGGUUACCCCCGCCACGUCACCGGGCUCGCGGCAAGGUUCGCCGGUGGCGGCGGUUUGUGUCGACCCAUCCGGCCGGUUGCUCGUGUCCGGGCACGAGGACAGCUCCUGCGUACUGUACGACAUCCGAGGCAAUCGACCAAUUCAAUGCUUUAAACCUCAUUCCGCUGACGUUAGAUCAAUUCGAUUUUCACCCUCCGCGUACUAUCUGCUGACCGCCGGGUACGACAACAAGCUCGUGCUGACCGACCUGCAAGGUGAUCUGACGAUGCCGCUACCGUCGGUGGUCGUCGCCCAGCACACGGACAAGGUGAUAUCGGGCCGCUGGCAUCCGGUCGAUUUCUCGUUUCUCUCCACCUCGGCGGACAAGACGGCCACCCUGUGGGCGCUGCCACCGAUCUAGAUCGCCAAUGAACCGUGACGCGCGAUGAGGCAGAAGCAAGUUGUUGAAAAUGGGAUGGCAAACCACCACCAACCAACCACCACCAACCAAUCAACCCCCGUGCGCCAUCGAAAGCGCACGCACACAUACACACCCAUUGUUAUGAUGUUACUUUUGUUGGAGGAUUUGUUUUGUUUUAGUAGCUUCGUUUAUUUUUUCUCUCUAUUUCUCUUUUUCGUUUGCUCAUAUGCUGCACGAUUGGCAUAUCUGUUUCCCUUUCUUUUUUUGUUGUUGUUUUUCAUUUGAAUCGUUAUUCGUUCGUGUAUGUGAACGCAUCCCCAAUACGUCAACAGCACCACCAGCAACAAGUCAUCGUCAGUAGUACGUUUAUGUUUGUGUAUUAUAUAGUGUAUCUAAUAACAUUAAUAACGGGGCUGCAGUAUCAGUAACGCCUGUUAAUAACGCGGGCAGGCAAGAAAAAAAAAGACAAGUCAACCAAGACUAACGGAAACGGAAGUAUGCAUGCCCAGCACACCUGUCCCCGUGCGCUUCAUGUCCCAGUCCCAUGUCACCAGUGUGUGUGCGUGUGUGUGUGCUACCACCAAUUGCUUUUGUGUCUCAGAAAACAUAAAAGCUAAUGUAUUUAUGUAAUGUAAUGAACAAAUAUCGGACUCUAAACGAUAUUGGCUAGCUGUUACGAUACGGGGCAAAUCAUUAUUAAUGGGGGUUUAAUUGGAAGGAGCAGGAAGAGAAAAAGAGUGACAAAAAAUACCCACACACACACACACACACACACACACACAUAACCGGAUCAUAAUUUCAAUGUGAAUAGUGUUGCUUCCCUUACCAUCAACAGUAGCAUCACAAUGCGGCAGGCGCGCUAUUAUUAGCUGAUUUGGGCUACUUUGGGUUCUUUUCCCUUACUUUACUUCAUUUUUCACAAUAUUUAUAUUCAUUUACUACUUUUAAUGCUGCUCUUUAUAUGUUUUCCUCUCGAUAUUGCACCAGUGUGAUGGCAUCAAUUAAGUAUUCGUGACGAGUAUUAGCAAUCGUUCAUCAAAAUUUAGUUACUUAAAGCCUUUCUCAUGCUUUCCUUUGUUUCUUCCCCCCCCCCCCCCCCCCCCCGGCUUACCCAAAGUAUGCAAAGCAAACAGGAAAAAAAAAAGAUCGCAUAAGGAAAAAGCAAAACCAUGUGAACAUAUUCUCAAAGGCUGAAACACGAAUGAUAUUCCAAUUGUAAUGUUUUUUGUUUUGUUUUUUUAGGAUAUUAUAACUACUAUUACAACUACUUCAUCCAUCCAUCGCUCGGAACGGGGCCUGUAACGGGCCCCGUGUAACGCUCUCGUAACGCAUGAUCGAUAGGCGCGUUUCAUACACACAAGUCAUUCAUGCACGGUAGUACAUUAACCAAAUCACAUAACGCCCCCCCCCCCUCCCCUUUUGUUUGGCCACGGACAACACACACACACACGUGUGGCUUACGUGGCUCGUGGGCCUUCCCCUUGCCGGAUAAGACCACCCACUUGUAAAGCGUGGAAGCAGUUAGCGUUCGUUUGCUAAACAACGUGAGAAACUUGUACUAAUCAUUAGCGGUAGCAGACGGCGUGGACACGAAUCGAAUGGUGAAAUUGAAAGUCUCCUUGGAGAAGGAAGGAGCUAACACCUUUGAAGCCAGUGAAGCACCAGUGAAGGAUGUGGCUGUAAAGAUGAUUACUGUGUUAGGGUUGAAGUGAAAUCAAAAUUUGGCUAAGCAUUCGGUAAGAUGAAAUUGAGGCAAAAUUGUAGCGCGUUUCAAAACGCUGAACGUAAUAACCACCACUAACCAUAAAUAACACCCGUCGCGAGGACGAGCGCAUGGAGAUGGGCAAUAUGAGAAAGUUAGUUUAGAAGCGAAAUCAACCGCCCCAAGUAAAUACUCACACGUUUAGCAGCAAAAAAAGGGAUCCUGUGCUAACUGGUCCCUGGCAAAAAGCGACGAGAGUAGUGAGUAUUGAACGAACACGUGAUCCCCCAACUCGAAUGGAAAGGAAUGUAUUCUGACAGGAAAAACAACAAACAAACAAACGCGGAACAUGGAAUAAAUAAACUAAAAUUUCAUCUAUAAA